AUGCCACGUUCCAAAAUCGCGUCUCCAACCAAAUCUGCGCGGGUUAGUGGAUUAGUACAACGCUCAAUCCAGUCUCUCCUGUUGAUUGUGGUUGUGGGAGUUAUCUAUAGGUAUUGUUGGACUGGUGUGUUCCCCUCUACACCACAUUCGAAGCUCCUCGCGACCGUGACUAACUUGCUUAUUUCCUCAGAUGAUGUCUCGGAUCCCUUAAAGUGCGGUGCGCUUCUUAAUAAAGGCGAGUGGCGGGACCCAGGCCUAAGAUGGUUCUCCAAAAACCGAUUCCAGAACUGGCAGCCGCCAGGAUGCAUCGUACACGAAUACACGGCGGAGGAUAUCCAGGAAUGUCUCCAGAACCAGAGACUGGUCUUCGCUGGUGACUCGACGACCCGGCAGAUUUUCUGGGCAGUCGCGAAGAAACUGGACAAGGGCAGGGCUGAGAGGGAGAUUAGCGAUAUGUUCACACGAGACCAGAUGGACGUGGAUCUCGAAUUCUCCUCCGCUGGUGUCACUGUUCAGUACAUAUGGGACCCGUAUCUGAAUUCGACCCGACUAGGAGAAGAGCUAAAUCAUUUCAAAGCCCACCCUUCGUCAACGGAAGUUGCCGGCGUCGACCCAGGCCAGAGUGCGGCGUCGAUAUUACUCGGCCCUCCCGGCCUUUGGUACGCACGACAUGGUCAAGAAAACUUCCUUAAGGACUUCAGAGACUCUGUUGAGGCAGUCAUACCGUACAUGGAUCAUACUCAGGGAGAAAAGACAACUAGUCCGGCUCCAGUACGAAGGCAAUCACCUAACUUGUUGCUAUUUACCCCGGUCCAGGAACCAUGGUAUCAAAACCUGUCCCCGUCAAGGGAAGCUACAAUUACUCCCGAAAAAAUCGAUCAGAUGAAUGAUUACCUCCAGCAGGUCUCGGCACACUCGAAAGCUGAUGUUAUCUGGAGCUAUUCGUUGAUGACAUGGGCUGGUCGUGGCACGUACGAGGAGAGCGGCCUUCAUGUUAUCGAUAGUGUGGCUCUGCGCAAGGCGGAUAUUCUUCUUAACUCAAGAUGCAAUGCUGAUGCUGCGCUUAGAGGGUCGCAGUUGAAGGGAACUUGCUGCAUGAAUUAUGCCAGGACCACACUUCCUCAAGGGCUCAUUCUUGUCGCCGGGAUGCUGGUGCUGCCAGUGCUGGCAUUUCUGCGUCGAACACGUGGUGCAAGGUUCAACCGCUUACUACCUGCUGCGGAAGUUUUAGAUGCGAUGACAAUUGUCACCCUUAUCUUAUGUUUCUGCUUCUAUGCAGACCGCACCCAAAUAUUUGAGAAAGCACAUAAGCAGUUUAACAACCAAGGUUUCGUAACGACAUGUGUCGUUGUGACAAUCGGAGGCCUUCUCACUGCAAGGAAAAACAAAACCCAAUCUAUCGAGCACAGAGGCACAACGCUCAUCGACGACCGAUCCCUCAAUCGACAGCAAACGUAUGAGUUGAAAGGUUGGCUGCAAGCUCUCAUUCUAAUCCACAAUUUCAUGGAUGCCUCGCAGGAGCUGCGGAUUUAUGAAAUUUUCCGACUCCUUAUUUCCUCGUACCUCUUUUUGACGGGGUUUGGUCAUGCUACUUAUUUCCUGGAGACCGAUGACUUCUCUCUGAAGCGCGUCGCUGGCGUGCUUAUUCGAUGGAAUUUUUUGAGCUGUAUUCUGCCAUUCAUCAUGCGUACCGACUACGUCUUUUACUCCUAUAUACCCCUUGUUAGCUUCUGGUUCCUCAUAACCUACUUCACGGUCAAAUUUAAAUGGGAAUAUAACUCGAAUUUAUACUUCCUCAUUGCAAAGAUUAUUGUUUCGGCGCUACUUACGACUGCAUUCACAUUGAUACCCGGAGUUUUGGAAUUGGUUGGUUCCUUGCUGAAAUACACUUGCGGCAUGUCCUGGGACGUGGGAGAGUGGAGGGCUCGCACAUAUUUGGACAUGUACAUUGUUUUUGUUGGCAUGCUGAUCGCGGCUUUUGUUGAUCGGACCCGUCAACUAAAAUCAGGCCGAACAACCGCUACUACGUUUAUCGACAUGGGGUUACAACUUAUCACCGCCUACGCUCCAUUGUGGAAGAUUGCCACUAUAUCUCUCUCCCUCAUCUUACCUCCCAUCUUAUGGAUUGUCACUGGGCUGUCACAUGAGAGACGAGAUUACAACUGGUGGCAUCCCUAUUUAUCAGUGAUCCCUAUACUGUCCUUCAUUAUACUUCGCAACGCUCACCAUACACUCCGAGAGUACCACCUUAGCGCCUUCGCAUGGCUAGGCCGCAGGUCUCUGGAGACGUACGUUCUCCAGCAUCACAUCUGGCUAGCCGGUAACGGGCAAGGCUUACUCCGCCUUGGCCUGUGGAACCGCUGGAUUGAAGCAGCGCUGGUAACUCUGAUAUUCUUGUGGAUCAGUGCGAAAGCGUCAAAUGUUACACAUGCGCUGACAGCGUGGAUUCUUAAAGAGCCUACGGAAGGCAUGCCCUUGGGCCGUCCGAGAUCCCCCACUGGGCUAGGCAUGCGGGCAAAUAAGUCCAGGUUAUGGAAUACUUUACGGUGGAGACUGGGAUUCGUGGCUUUGGGGCUAUGGAUGAGCGCGCACCUCAGGGGGAUGAUUGGUUGA